CUUAGUUUUACCAUAUCUAUACCUUUGACAUACCUUUGACAUACCCCUUAACUGAAUAGCUGUUGACGAUGCUGAGUCAGGUAGUUCCUUCAGAGGAGUUGUUCAAUGUGGUGACGUCCUCGAACACUACUAGCGAAGAAAAGCUACAAUUAAUAAUGAAUCUCAAGUCUCAUGUGAAGAGAGACUUUGUCGAUAUAACCCAGGUUCCCAAGUACUUAGAAUCAUUGUCGGUGGCAAUUGAUAUUGCUGAUCCCACGAUUCUGUCCAAUAGCUUCAGUGUUUUAUCUCAUUUGGUCAAACGAGUUAGCAUUCAAGAUAGAAGUGGUGAUGUGCUUAGAAAUCUGAGCUAUUUGGUAUUACCAAUUAUCAUAAAUAGAUUAGGUGAUCUCAAGUCCAAUAUAAAGGCGGCGGCGAAGAAAGCGCUCGAAGCUUACUGGCUUACCGCAUCGAAAGAAGUCGAAAGAGCUAUUAUGGAUAUUGGACUUACGCAUAACAGCCCUAAGGUGGUUAUCGAAUCUAUAAAUUGGCUCACCUAUAUUAUAGUUGAUGUCAAUCGCCAUUUCAAACUCGAUCCGUUUGUUGCUUCACUUGUUAAUGUGUUAAAUCUGUUCCCGGUUGAUAAUAAUGUUUAUCUAGCCGUGAAAGAGCUAUUCAAGAGCUAUUACGAUAUGAAACAUAAUAGAUUAUAUAAGUUUGAUCUACAAAGAGAAUUUGAUCUUCAACAUAUCCCAGCGAAUAUCAAGCAAUCCAUUUUGAGUGAAAUUGACUUAACUGCAGCAGAACUCCACGUCCAAAAAAGAAAGCUGUCGUUGUCAAUGGGUAUUUCAGCUUCAAAAACUACAUCUCCUCCUGCAUUAUCCAGUGUUCCUGCUUUCUCCCCUCCGGAAAUCCAUACUGCUGAUCCCCAGAUGAGCAACGUGAAGCCGAGAUUGUCUUCCGGUUCCUUGCGCCAGACUUCAAGACCAACAUCCCUGACAAAUUUAAAUGGGUUGAAUCGCUCCAACACCAUAUCCCAUACUAAUUCACACAAUGGGGUUUCUAGGCCCAGCAGGUUGACCCAAAGCGUCUCAUCCUCCAAUAUGCAAGCAGAAACAUCAAGUGUUGGUGAUGUAGAUGCAGAAUUGACCAAGCUUGUUCAAAAAAUUCCCAAUUACGCUUUAGAUACAUCCAUCAAAGGUGUUGAUUGUUUUGAUGGUGAAGAUUUGUAUGCUAGAAUCACGGAAAUAAUGCAUCACUUUGAGAACAGGGAAACUGAGUUUAACUGGGCAGCAAGAGAACGUAGUAUCAUAUUUUUGAGAUCAUUACUAAGAGGGAAUUCUGCCGAUAAUUUUCCUGAAGAUUUGAUUACUGGUUUCAGGGACGUGUCAGACGCUAUUUGUAAAGCAAUUACCUCUCUUCGUACUACUUUAUCAUCACAUGGGUGUCAGCUAGCAAAAGAGCUUGCGCUUUUCUUGAAGUCCUCUGCAGAUUCUGUUCUUGACUUAUUAAUGCCUACUUUAAUAAAGCUUUGCUCUGCCACCAAAAACAUUGCAUCAACAAAUGCAAAUAUGGCAUUGUGUAUCAUCUUUUUGAAUUCAUCUUUCUCGUACAAUAGGAUGAAUAAAAUUUUGGUUGCAUCCAAUGAAAAAAAUAUUUCUCCAAGGUCUUUUAGUGGUCUUUGGUUGCAAAUAUAUGUAACCCGUUACCACAACAGUCAUGCUUUUCUUACACCAAACUUGUCUACUGGAAAUAAUGGAAUUGAUAUCUCAAAGAAAAUUUUAGGAAAGCUAUUAAAUGAUCAUAAUCCAACGGUUAGACAAUCUGCUAAGGAUACAUACUGGUGUUUUUGGACUAAAUUCAAAACUGAAGCUGAAAGUUUCUUAUCUGGAUUUGACCUCAAUAUCAUCAAGGGUGUGGAACGUUCCAAACCGAAAGGAUUGUCAUCCAACACUGCCGCAGCUCAUGGAAUUCCUCCUAAAAAGACAAGACCCUCAAUAAAAGACAGCAUUAUUGCUAAAAACCGAGAAAUGAAAUCUAAACAAAGAGAAGCUGAAUCAGGUCCUCUUUCUAGACCUUCAUCCAGACCUACUACUAGACCCGCUUCGAGAAUCACAUCAAGGUUGUCGGUAGAAAACCUUGACAAAGAUUUAAACCACCGUUCAAGCAGAAUCUUUUCAGAUUCAUCUAAAAAGGCCCCCAAUAAAAUAAUUGGUGCGCCCAAGAGAACUAGCUCCGUUUCUUCUUUAAAUUCCCCAGUUGAUAGUAUAAGGUUCGAAACUCGUAAGAGAUCUGACAGUGCUACAUCGCUUAGAUCUAUGCAAGGACAAGAUGGUCAUACCCGUGUAGAUUUGAACCAAGAUUUGAGUUUAGAAGUACAACCAUUUGACAAGAAGAAUGACUUCAUCUUGAAACUUUUAUCAUCGAAUAAGGCAGGAAACAAUCAUGAAGGUGUUAAUAUGUUAAAAUAUGCUAUCAUGUGCAACGAGGAGUUGUCUGACGAGACUUCUACUCUUUUACGGAAAGUUUCCAUUGAACAUCCAGAAACACUUAAGGAUCUUUUAUUGGGAGAAAGUUUAUUUAAAAAAUCAUCCAAAUAUUUUGAGCCUGAAGAUUUGAUUCGUUUAUGCUCUUUAUUGCUUGACGCCAGUGACGAUACAGUUCAAUUACUUAUAUCAGUGUUAGAAGUUGAUGAUAUUUACAAAUCUUCCGCAACUAUUCUCUCCUAUAUCGCUAACAUUUCCAAUAUAAUUGACGACGGUCAACUCACUAUGCAAAUAAUUAAACAUAAAGCAACCAUGACCAAUAUGCUUUUGGAGCUAUUGCAUAAGUGUUUGGAUAGAAUUCCGAUAAAUGAUGGUCAAUUCAUAAAAUUAGUUACCGUCUUGUUUGAGUUGAUCAAUUUGCUUCAAUUGGGUGACUCGUUUGCCUCUUUAUCAGUACUUUUCAAACAACUUUUUUCCAUCAAUUCAACUCUCUUCUCAACAGAACUUCAAAUGGUCAAUGAUAUCACUAAAGAUGAAGUUGAACGAAUUAUAGGGGUUAACAGAAGCUAUGAGCAAUCCGAGCAUACUAACUAUGGAGGCUUACUUGACUUGACAAAAGUUAAUUUCAACAAAAUUUCUGAUACUUCACCUUUGAAGCAUAAUUCUGAUUUCACAAUGUUAGUUCCUUCUAGAAGAGCGGGCCCCGAUAGUACUAUUGUUUUUAAUAAUGGACUUGCUCAAAAACAGAGUGCAAAAACUUUGAAUGCUAUGGAUAUUGAUGAAGUAAGGUCUAUCAAUUUAGAUGCAGAGCCACAUUUUGACAAAGAAGUUGAAGAUAAUAUUGAUUUCGAUGAUGAUGACGAUGAUAAUGAAAUUCCUGUGAAUCAUACUAUACAAAGUGAUAAUGAAGAUGACAAUUCAGCAGAAAAUAAAUCUGUUGAUAAGAAUGACGAGUUCUUUUUCAAUAAAGAUCAAGCUCCAAGUAAAGAUGCGACACCUAUCAAGAACUCUGCAUCUUCUGAACUGCAGAAUUCUACCAAUGAAUUAACUGGGACUCCCAGACUGAUACCCAAUAACAUAUUCAAUAACAGUGAUGGUAAAAACCGUGGUGAACUUUUCUCUAAAUUUAACCAAAAUGAAUCAAAUGAAUUAGUGGAAGAUUUUGCUCAAGUAAAAAUAACUGAAUUGAAGAAGAAUCAAAUUAACUCAAAAGAUUCAGCACAAUCCUUGAUUGAUAAGGUAGACUCGCAAAGAAGUGAAUUGAACAGUAAAGACUCUAUCCAGACGUUUAUUGAUAAGGUGGAUCCGUUUAGCAAAAUGUCUAAUAAGAACAAACCCAUUACAAUCUUUCACGAUGAUACUGUUUCAGGAUCACCUCAAAAAGUCAAGGAUUAUAACUUCUCUGAAUUAAACUGGUUUAACUUCCAAAUGGCAAAAUUGAAUGCGGAAAAGUCUGAAAGUAAACCAAGCAGCGAAUCUGAUAAAUCUAUAACCCAUUUUCAGCACCUUUGUGAAAGUUUAAGAAGGCCAGAAACCUCCCGUGAAGAUCUAAUCGAGCUACUCGCUUAUUUACAGGAACAUCAGUCGUCUGAAUUUGCUCAUUACUUCGAGAAUGAUGGUCAAAGGCUUCUUGAAGAUUCAUUGUGGAGAUUCUUUGAUUCCAGAAUGCAUGAUGUUCAUAAGUCAAUGAUUCUUGGUGGCUUGAUGAUUUUGAAGCAACUUUUAAUCAACAGGUCAUCGAUGAGCCUCGAUAGUAUUUGGCAAGUUUUAACUAAGUUGAGUCAUCAAUUAGAGGAUAACCUUAACGAGUUGGCGCUUGCUAUUAGUGAAACAUUUGAUGAAAUAUUAUGUGGUAUGUAUUCUACGUCUAGUCUUUUGACGUGUACCAUUAACACUCUUCGGGGUUAUCAAGACGAGAAUUUGAAAUACUCUUUAUUAUUCGUUGUUGACUGCUUAGCCAAGUUGUUGGCCAUGAAUAGCUUUAAUUUAUUGGUUGACAAUGCAAUUAUAGUACAAAUUAAUGACGUGCUUCGUCCUUUUGUUGAACAUAAGGAUGUGGAUGUCAGAAGACUCGUAAUUCUGAGUUAUGGAAGACUUUUAAAAGCAAGUAGAGUUAGCCAAAUUAGUCAUGGCAACAGAUUAGAGAAUUCAGAAGAGAAAAAUCCAAUGGAUGCAAUUUUACAAAAAUUUUCAGUUCCUCAACAAAAACUUGUUGAGUAUUAUAGUCAAGAAUAAGAGGAU